AUGGGCGUGCUGGAACUGUCCAUGUGGAUGCAAUUUGCUUUGGCUUUUCUUCUAGGCAUGGGUAAUGAGUCAUCUUCCUUAUCCAUACCUAUUGAUAAUUUCUUGCUCGCUUGUGGUUCUUCUGUGAACAUAACCUUUCAGGGUCGCACUUUUUCUCCUGAAUCUGUCUAUGAGAAGCACAGAUUAGAAUUGAAAACCCAGAAAUCUGUUGUUGUAACCUCUGAUUCUGGCUCACCGACUUCAGUCUACCAGUCAGCUAGAAUCUUUUGGAGCAAUGCUUCAUAUAUAUUCAGAAUUGUGCGACCAGGCCAGCAUUGGAUUCGCCUUUACUUCUCCCCUUUGCCCAACUUUCAUCAGAACAUGUCCUCUGCCUCAAUAACAGUCAUCACUGAUGGAAUUGUCCUUCUCAGUGAUUUCAGUUUCAUCACCUAUGGUGGUUCUUACCUUUUCAAGGAGUACGUAACCAAUAUUACAUCUCCUAGUUUGUCUCUCACAUUCAUCCCUUCCAGAAAUUCAUUUGUCUUUGUUAAUGCCAUUGAAGUUGUCUCUGUACCUGAAGAUAUCUUUGUUAAUGUAAUCGAUAUUACAUCAGUUUUUAUGGAGAAUUCUUCAGACCUGGUCCUUGAAACUGUUUACCGUUUGGAUGUGGGCAAUGAAUCUCUCACCACCAGGAACGAUGACCUUGGUCGAAACUGGGAAGGUGAUGAAAAGUACAUGGCCUCCAAUAAUAGAGCAUUAAAUGUUUCAGUUGACACUUCCUCUAUAAAUUUUGCUUCUCAGACUGAACCUACCAUAGCACCAAUGUGGGUUUAUGCUACAGCCAAAGCCAUGGCAGAUGAAAGAAGUUUAGAUUUAACUUGGGUCUUCUCUGUAAAUCCAAACCAUACCUAUUUUGUUCGGGUGCAUUUCUGUGAUGUCAUAAGCAACUCAAAGAGUCUUACAAUUUUCAAUCUGUUUAUAAAUGAUGUUGUUUAUGAAAGAGUAGACCUUUACUCCAUAUUUCUCAAGUUUUCAGUCCCAUUUUACAUGGAUUUUGUUGUCUACACCAAAAAGCGUGAUUUGACACUAAGUGUUGCUCCAGAUAGGAUGACGAAUAGCAGGAAUGCAACCAUAAGUGGGCUGGAGAUAAUGGAGAUCAUCAAUGAAGUUAGAAUGCUGGAUGGAGUGGCGCCCUCUGAGAGUAUUCUUCCCAAUUCAUCCUCAAGAAUUGUGAAAGUAUCAAAUAUAACUGUGCCUGUCAUUGGCGUUGCAGCUUUCCUAGUUCUCACUGCAAUAAAAUUAUGUUACAUAAUAGCUCACAGGUCCAGGGCAAGCUCCAGAACUACUCCCUUAUCAUGCAGGCUGUUCACCUUACAUGAAAUCAGUGCAACAAACAGCUUUGACGAGUCUCUGCUUCUUGGAGAAGGUGGUUUUGGCAAGGUCUAUGAAGGAACGAUGGUUAAUGGGAUAAAAGUAGCCAUCAAAGUAGCCAAUCAUGAAUCAAGGCAGGGUCUUCAUGAAUUUCAGAAUGAGAUUAAAUUGCUAUCCAAGCUUUCUCAUUCGAACCUUAUCUCUCUAAUUGGUUGUUGUAAUGAAGACUCACGGAUGAUUCUUGUCUACGAGUUCUUAGCUAAUGGAUCUUUAAGCGGCUACCUCUAUGGAGCUGGCUUUAUUCCUCUUUCAUGGAAGCAGCGGCUAGAAAUAUGCAUUGGGACAGCAAAGGGUCUUCAUUUCCUUCACACAAGAGUUCCUCGAAGCAUAAUCCAUCGUGAUGUUAAGACAACGAAUAUUCUGUUGGACAAGAAUUUAGUUCCAAAAGUUGCUGAUUUUGGAAUCUCAAGAAAAGGUCCACCUCUUGAUAAGAGUCAUGUAACAACCUUUGUAAAGGGCAGCUUUGGUUAUAUUGAUCCUGAGUAUUUCAGAACAAAAUAUCUCACUGAGAAAUCAGAUGUUUUCUCAUUUGGGAUGGUUCUGAUGGAAGUUAUCUGUGGUAAGCCUGCUUUGGACAAUACUCGUCCAACAGAGCAUCUUAAUCUGGCAAGAUGGGCAUCAAGCUGCCAAGAAAUGGGCACCUUUCAUGAGAUUAUAGACCCAUAUUUGAACGGAAAAGUGAACUUAGAUUCUCUAAACAAAGUAUGUGAAUUGGCUUGGAAGUGCUUGGAGGAGAGACGCAUAAAUAGACCACCAAUAGGGUAUGUACUGUGUGAGCUUGAAGAUGCUCUCCACAUUGAGUUGGCUUCACCAAUUCAGCAAGUUUCUGUGGAUUGUGCCAUCGAAAAUGGAAUGAAGGAUGAAAAGUGCAUGACUUGGCUCGGAAGUGCUCAGGGAAGAGUCGCAUAA